ACUACUGCCACUGAAACCCACAAAACUAUAUAUGAGUUUUUCUUCUUUAAUUACGUGCAAUUCAAUAUAUCAAACAUAUCAUUAACGAUUUCUUUAUAGUACUAAUGUAGGGUUUCAUGUUGCAGAAGCAGAAGCUGCGGGUAGGAACAUGAAUGUGCAAUCGACUCAUUCAAAUUGUUCAAACAGUUCCCGUCACUUCUAUUCCCAGCAAACAAACCGUCAACAAUUUUACCGUCAGGGAUUCAUUAGUAACAACACGUUCCACGAUGAAAAUCGCGGGAGUUGUUGCGAUUUGGAGAUUGCCCCAAGAGCCUCCACCGGGCCAGCGACAUGGCAAGAGCUCCAACAGAAAUCAGACAAAAAGAACACUUUUCUGCCAUUAGCAUACUCCAAUGUAACAACACGAGGAUAUGAACAUGGAUUCACUGUUUCAAAAUCUAUCAUGUUCAAGGACUUUCUGGGCAGCUCCAAUUCUCAAGGUGGUGAGUCGAAGAAACAAAUGUUGGCAGCAGUGGAGGAUGGUAACAGUUUCAAGUGGCUUCCAAAUUCCUUGGCAGAAGAAUCUGUGGGUACUUUGCCUUUGAAAUUAGCUUUAGAAUCAUCCGUCUCCAAGGACGGUGCCAAAGAUGUUUCUCUUGAGCUAACUCUUGGUUAAUCUGUAUGAUAUGAAUAUAACUAAUUAAUUGGUUAAGAGUUUAAAACCUAUUUUAGACCAAUGUAAACUUGGGA